UGAGUUUGUGGAAAAAGAUUGACUUUUGGAAUUGUAGUUUAGUUGUUUUGAUUUUUGGAUUGUCCAAAUAUCCUUUCAAUUUAACAGUUACGAAGUUUGACUUAGUUGGCAAAUUGAACGUCAUGUGAGGAAACUUUGUCUGUUCUGUUUCUUAUCUGUGCUGCUUUUCUUGAAGAAGUCUUAUUGAGGGAAUGAUCCCAUUAUUUAGGGAAUGUUUGGAAGAGUGUAUUUAAGCCCUUUCACUACACCCAAGAAAACCCUGCAAUGGCUACCACCACACACGACUGUUCGUAGCUGGUGAAAAACUACGAUAUGAAACAGAGGCUGUGGAUGUCCCAGAAGGAUUUUUGCUGGAGUGGUGGUCUGUCAACAAUGAUUUUGACUUCUUCAGACAAAUGCAUUUGCAGGAAAAACGUGGGUUUUUAGGAGGAAUGCAAGGACGUAAUGCUUUUCAAGAAGUAGGGUCUUCGAUAAAUGUUCAACCAAUGUAUCAAUUUUCUAAUAAUUUUAAUCCUGUUCAAGCACUCAACAUAGGAAGCAACUUGAUGCCAUCACGUGUAACUGGUGAAUGGCCAGUAUUUUCCUCACCUUCUGCUCACCAAAAAGUAAGUGGUAAACUGCCACAAUUUCUGUUCCCUUUUCCCCGUCAAGAGGCAUUUGGUCAAUUGCAACAACUUUCAUCUUCACAUCAAGACGUGGUGAUGACACCAGUUGAGAAAAAAACAGAGGUUUCUAAUGUCAAUAGUGCAGGCGCAAAUUCUGGAUUUGUUGAGGAAACAGAUCCGCUCAUUGAGAAUUUGUUAAAAUCUUUUUGGUUGUUUGAACCAGAUGAACCAAGCCUGUUUGACAAGUCAACAGUAGGACAGAGCAGCAGAAAUGCAGAGAAUUUGGUGGAACGUGGAGUUGGAAACACUAGUAUGAAUACAAUUGCUGGUUCAGCACAAGCACUAGAGGAGGAUGAUAACAAAAGUGACACAAGUGAUUGUUCCAGCAGUUUCGAAUUUGUUCUUUCUGAUGCAGAUGCCUCAUCAGACCCUCAGUUGGAAUCCAAUGGAGAAACAUAAAUCAGUAUCUUCAAGCAUGGAAUGUGAUUUGUUGUCUGCAAUAAUGAAUUCCCUUAUGUAAGAGGAUUUGUUACUAUGAUUUAAUCAAUGUGCAAUACUGCAAUGCUACUAAAUAAGCUUUAUUUUAGUUAUAUCCUUCUACUUCAGUUUUAUAUUGUACACUUAUGCUAGUUACCUAAAAUAUCUAUGUUGUUUCUUCUUUUGUCUUGUCCCUUUUGGGUGGAAAGAGGGAUGAGCAGAUAUCGGAUUUCAGGACUGGGAAAUACUACAUAUCCAUAGACUUUAGUUUCGUGUAUGCUAUCUAAUAAAAUUGUGAUUCAUUUGUUGAAAUCAAUUGAGAUAUGAUAUUCUCUCUAGUAUUGUAUGAUUAUCUCUUUAUAACAUCAUGUUAAUACAUUUAUACAUAGUGAUGAUUAGAUUAUUUGUAAAUUCAUGCUAUCUGGUAUUUGGUAACAAAAUACAAUAUGAAUAUACAUUUUGCGUACACAUUACAGUACUUAUAAUCUUUUGGACAAGUUUUAAUACAAGGAGGAAUCAGUUUAGUUUGUCAUAUAGAAAAUUUUUUUGAGAGUAAACUAGAAAAUUCUUCUGUUAAUUAUUCCAUAAAAGAAAUACUUAAUAAACCAUUUAGACCAAGGAUUAAUUAACGUAGUUCGGUACUUUUUUGUUGAGAAUUCAAAUGUGAGUUUAAGUCUCAAAUUAGAUAAAAAUGAGAAACUUGAGCACCAUAUAAGGUA